UGAUUUAUCAUUUGCGCACAAGGUAUCGAAGGAUAUAUUGUGACAUGUCACGCGUCGACAUCACGACGAUAUGCCGCUGCCGUUCUCCCUGGUCUGCGACUUGUUAGAUGCAUCCUACGCACGAGCAAUAGAUCGCAAGCCAACUGCUAAAACUGUCGCUGUCUGGUGCUCUCGGCAUUGCAGCCGUAUAAAUGCGUCGGACACCAACCUUGCGGCGUUGUUGUCCACCCUGCUGCCCGAAAAGAGGACGGACAGGGUGUACUGUAUACGAGCAAACGGUCUUGAGAAGCUCAUCGGACGCAGCUUGAUGCUCGGCGCCUCUCGACUCAAGGAACUCGCACUUUAUAAACAACCCGGCCUGGAUUUGGAUCUUGCCGAUUGUGUAGAGCGUAUCUUGACUGUCACUCCGAACCCAACUCUUGCAGAAGGACUUCAAGUCACUGUCGAAGAGAUUGACGAGACUCUGCAUUCCGUUGCGGCCAAGGCCAGUCUUGUUGAAACGCCAGGCCGUGAAGGCUUAGAGGCAUUAUAUAGGCGACUCUCUGCGAAAGAAGCCAAGUGGCUCACGCGGCUGAUUCUCAAGGACUUCCAGCCUCUCGUCUUCGAUGAAUAUGCGCUCUACCGCUCUUUUGAUCCCCUGUUACCGUUGAUCCUGAAAGUUCGUGAAGACUUUACUACCGCUAUCAAUACUCUGCAGCGGCUCAAGGAAGAAAUGCCCUCUCCGAGACCUGGCACGUCAUAUGCUGAUCGAAAGUCUCUAUCCUCUGUCAAGCCACAAUUGUCGGUAAAGGUAGGGAGACAGCAAUGGCACAAGGCCCGCAGCAUGAAGCAUUGCCUCCAGAUGUGCAAGGGCUUGAUGAGCGUGGAAGCAAAGGUGGAUGGAGAAUACUGCCAAAUCCAUGUCGACGUUAGUAAGGGCAGACGCGGUAUUCAAAUCUUCUCCAAGAGCGGCAAAGACAGCACCGAAGACAGAGCCGGGCUGAUCGGGGCCAUCAUGAAGUCGUUGGCGAUAGGCAACGCCAGAUGUCAUGUCAAGACAGAGUGCAUACUGGAAGGUGAACUGGUAGUAUAUAGCGAAUUGGUGAGCUGCCGGCAUAGUCAAAAGAAUAAGAUCGUUCACUGCGACAGAGGACAAGCCGAACUCGUACAGCGGCAACUCAUCAACACCAAUCACCCCAUGGCAGCUUCAGACUUGCGAAAUGCAUUUGCCAAAGUUAUCAGAGAAAGGGGCGAAGGCUUAGUUCUCAAGGCAGACCAGCCCUAUUUCAACUUUGAGAAUGAUGCGCAGCCAUUCACAAACCGCUGCAUCAAGCUCAAAAAGGACUACAUCGGCCGCUUUGGUGAGGUUGGUGAUUUCGCCGUAGUCGGGGCCGGAUUCGAUGCGGCCAAGGCGAGGUCAUACAGUAUCGACAAUCUCAAGUGGACGCACUUCUAUGUUGGCUGCCUUGACAACAGGGAGGAAGUCAAGCGAUGGAAUGCAAUUCCGGAGUUUACUGCCGUCAAUGUCGUUGAGCUCAACGAGACCAUGCUCAAGUCAUUCCUACUCUAUGCGAACCCGAAUUCAGUGCCUGUGGAGGAGAAUGUCGACACCAAGGUGAAGCACGCCGCCGGAGCCCAGCCAGUAGCGAUGGCCAUGGCAUUCACAAAUCCGCCCGUGUUCGAUAUGCGAUGCUUCAGCUUUGAAAGAGCAUCUAGCACUAACUGGUGGAGCUUACGGUUUCCGUCUGUCGCCAAGAUUCACUUCGACCGGGAUUUCUCUGAUGUGCUGUCCUUUGACGAGCUACAGAAGAUUGCCGAGGGCGCCACAUCUGCCCGCGACGUAGAAGACAGCCAGGAGAACCUUGCGUGGAUCGCCAGGCUGGAGCAGGCUGAUCCAAGGGGACUGGCCGUUGACGCUGCUACGCAGUUGACGGCAACGACCAUGCCAACCCCGUCGCCGAGACGAGCCUCUCAUAACUCUUCGGGUUCCCAGCCGCUGAUCAGACAUCUUACCGACGGCUUUCUGGAACGAUCGGUAGGCUCGGUAGAUGCGAUGCCUCCGCCUCCCCAUAAACUGGCUGCUUCACAGCCAUCUCCCGUCACAGAUCUGUCGAAAGCCGGCCUGUCUGAUACUCACAAACCGAAGCGGCCUGCAUUUUCGGCGGCUCUGUUCCCCCCAGCAAAGAAAUCCCGCAUGGAUUAUGGGCAUAAUGAGUCGAAGCCAUUUUUACUGGGACCCGAGCUUGAGUCCGAGUCGCCAAAACGGCGUCCCUUGGGGGAAAUUGAUGGUAAUUCUACAUGUACGCAACAGCUGCGGACGUUAGCGCCAGCCCCUGCCGGUGAAGACGAGGCUGACAGCGAUAAUGAUACCCCGCCUUCACCCUGCACACAUCGCGGGCAGCGCAAAAGCGAUGCUGAAGACAAGCAUCUAGAUCAGACAUCCCAGCAACCGAAGGACCAAUGUAAGUAUGCUGGCCUUGAAUGCCAGCUGACCGAUCGUCUCAUCUUACUCCCCAACUACUUCUCGGAUCUCAAGGAUGUGGAGCCCCUAUUCCGGGCACAUGGACUUGCGAAUAUCAUCAGAGACGCCGAAGCCUGGAUCCAAAACGACGCAGUGGAUACUUGCCCGCUGGCAAACAGUCAAACGGGUCGUAACAAGAUUCUGUUUGUCGAUACGGUUAACAAAGAGGCAGAAACGAAGGCUCUACUUUCGAAACUGGAAGAUGUCCGCGAAAGCAUCUCGGAAGAGAGACGGGAAUGGAUAAGCGUCUUUGACUGGCGAGUUCUGCAUCACCUCGCCAUAUUUGAGGACGCAGAGACUACGAAGAAAUAUUACGAUGGUUUUCAUGAUCCUUGGCGGCGUUGGUACUCUGGGUUGGUAUGA